GUAGACGAAGACAAAUUGAGAUAGGAGUUUAGUUUGUAACAAUCCAACAGGAAGUUGUGUUGCCUUGUGUGACGUGACGUUUCUGUUGAGUUUUGUAGACUUCCACAAAAACACACACGCACGCCAUACGCAUUCUCAAACUCAUUUUCCAUUUCAUCGCACUAUCUCUCCGUCGUUAACACCGUCAUGUCUGACGCUUAUUGGAGAUACGCCGAAUCCCAGCACGCCCCCGCCGCCAUCCCCGCCAAACGUCCCCGUCCCGAUUACGAUGUCUCUGGCGUUCAUGACAUGGCUAAUUACUUUCCCCAUGAUGCUGAUAGAGGAAGGCUCCAAGUAGUUAGAGAUACUGAAUCACUUGAUGCAUCUUAUGAGCGUUACCUCCGUAAUGCGAUUUCAACUUAUGGUCCCGGACAGCCUACCAGAACCAUUGACGGGGGAGUUCCCAGUCAUUCUAUUGACGAGUCUCAUGUCACUAAUAUUGGGGGAGUAGACCGAAGAUCAAAUGUAAAUGACAAAAGCCUGGAAUUAAGUGGUGGAAGGUCCGGCCAUUCGCUUCCACCUGAUGCUACCAAUACGGUAUUUGUAGAGGGUUUACCUUCCAACUGUACGAGACGGGAAGUAGCUCAUAUUUUUCGUCCUUUUGUUGGCUACAAAGAAGUUAGACUUGUCAGCAAGGAAUCAAGACAACCCGGGGGUGAUCCACUGUUACUUUGUUUUGUUGAUUUUGUAAGCCCGGCUCAUGCAGCAACUGCCAUGGAUGCAUUGCAUGAUGUGAUUUUUUUGGAUAGUUGUGCUAGUGGGGCAUUAAAUUUUAAUGGAGGUUAUUCUUGAUCUGUUAUGAUAGUUCUGUGAGUAUAGCCCUCAUGCUCAAUUGAUUAGACCGGUGUUGGUAAAAACACACUUUAUUCUGCAAGAUUGCUGUUCAAUGUGAGCUGUCAAUUUGUACAGCAUUCUAAAAUAUAUCGAGGGAUGCUGUUUCUGGUAUUAAGUUAUCAUUCUUUGAAUUUUAUUGUUUUCGUGCUUUUCUUAACCUGUAUGUAAAUCCAAGUAAAUGUAAGUUGCGCCUAUUCUCACUUUGCACCUAAAGCAAGUGUUCACAUAUUGUUAUUCACUGCAUGAAGUUUGCUGAAGGUGCACUGCAGUUUAUUAGGUUUGUUAUGUACAAGGUGAAAUAGGAUUCCUGCAGUCAAUAAUUUCCUGCUGUCUAGCAGUCGGGACAUUGUUGACUCUCCGAUCUUGAUAUAAUGGCUCAAAAUAAUGCAUAUUUAAUAUUUAUGCUAUAAUUUAAAAACUUGAGAUUAAAUUUAGAUUGUUGGAUCUAAAUCAAUCGACUUCCAAUUUACAACAGCGUGACUGUGUCAAUUUGUUGAUCGCAUCAAAUCAUGGUUCUGCGAUGUCUGUUGGCGCUUAGAAAGAAAUGAAAUAAAAUGUUCUUGUAGUAAAGAUAUUGCUGGAUGGAUUUUUUUUCUGUUACGAUGUUUACCUUGUUUGUCAUUCCCCGCAUCUGAGAAAUUGAGUGGUUGUGAAACAAUCAAGGAGAGUCUCUAAAAUCUGAGUUGAAUGAGUUUAAACUUACAGUGAAAUACAAAUAACUCCAGCAUCUUCUUCAUUUUCUUUCACCAAAUUGAAACAACUUAAGUGCCGGUGAUUAAGCUCUUCCUUUUCAUUCUCUUUCACCUGUUUCAACCCAAACAAUUCAAACCCGUUUCAACCCAACAAUUCAAACCGUUCUUGACAGAGACUAAAAUUUGCUGGCGGACGGACUGAGAUUCGUCGGCCGUCAGACUUCUUUGGAUGGAGACUCCACCCCUUAAGGAGACUGCAAAUAAGUGUAGCAUAUGGGUUUGUUUCUUGUUUUUGGCUAGUGGUGUUGACCUAAUAAUAUAAUUCAUAUUCGUAUGUGUGACCACAAGUAUUUAGACAAUUUCAUGUGACAUUGUUUUCGUUGAUGUUUUCAUUCAUUAAGCAUGUUUGGAAGAAUGAAAAGGCGAUGUGACAAUAUACUGUUUCUCGUCAACUUCAAUUUGUAGGGUUAGUUCGGAUGGGUGUAACCAUCCAUUAGAUUACAUGUUUCUGUUUCUGUUUUUUUCAUCCAUUGUUUUCUUUUAUUUUUAAUACUGGUUUACUGUUUCUGUUUUUUUAGAUGAUAUAUGUUGAUAAAUGAUUAUACUUUGGUUUAAUUCAAAUCACUAUUCAUUUUAAUAUGACAGAUAUAUUAGUAUAUAACUUGUCCAAUCAUGGCUUUAUAAUAUGCAUAAUAACAUGUGCACAAUAGCUUCUUGAACCUUGGAAUACAUGAUUACUGUGGGAAAUGUUGCAAUAUGUCUCCAAUUAAUAUUAAUAUCAGACUAAUCAAAUUAGGGAAAGGAUUCUCCCAAUCUUACAAGAGUACGGUUCAAUUUAAGCCAUUUAAGGGACAAAGGGUCUCUGGAUUAAAAAGAAUGGAGAUUUUUAAGAAACUUAUCUCAAAUUCUCUCUUAUUAAUUGGGCACAAAAGGAAUAUCAAGUCUUUUUUUUUCUCAUAAGAUUAAAAAAUAUGGUUAAAAUAAUAAAUUUGUUAACAUUAUGUGUUAUUUUUAUAUAAACAAAAUAAAAAGUGUAUUUUUAAUCAAGAGACCCUUUGUCCCUAUCUUUCAAGUUUCAAUUACUUGAUUUUGACCCCUCAAAUUUGUUCUCUUUUAUAUUUGAUAGUCCCCUAAUGACAUGUAGAUUAAACUUUUUUUUUUUUACUUUUUCUCUCUUUUUUUUUUUAUUCUUCUUUACAAUUCUAUUUCUUUUAUAUUUUUAAUAGUUAGCUUUGAAUGUAAUAUCUAGAAAUUUUUUAAAUAUUUUAUUUAACGUAUGUCUAAUGGUAAAAAAAUUGAUCACUAGUUAAUUAAAAUAACAAAUUCUUUGUCCAAUAACCCCCUCAUAUUUAAGUAUAAAAUUUCGAAGUCUAAUAUUUUUUACUAAAAUACUCAUUCGUUCAAAUUGAUGGGGUACAUUGUUGAAAAAUAAUUUGCCAUAAUGUUGAAUGAAAUAAAUAAAUUUUUUAAAAUAUUUUGCUUAAAGCUUAACUAUUAUAAAGAGAAGAAAAAUAGAAUUGAAGAGAAGAAAAGUAGAGAAAAAAGUAAUAAAAGAAAAAAAAAAAGUAAUAAAAAAAGGGUGACUCUACAUGUUAUCAAGGGGCUAACAAAUGGAAAAGAUAAUAAAUUUGAGGAGUUCAAAUCAAGCAAUUCGUAAAUUUUAUGGGUCAAAAUUAAGCAAUUGAAAUUUGGAAGACUAAAACUAAACUCUUAACAAUUUAGAGGACUAAAAUCAAACAAUUAAAAUUUAGGAUCGAAAAUCAAAUAAUUAAAAAGCUUAGGGUGAAGCCUAUAUAUAAUGUGACUAUAUAUAAUGUAAGUGAAUUUGGUCUCCACAAUUAGUCAUCAUUUUUGUCCAAUGAAUUGCAACAAAAGUAUAAUUUAGUCCCACAAUUACAAAAUGACAAACUAUACUUCAAAAUUUAAAAGUACCAGUCACCUUAUUUUCUAUGUCAAUCAAUUUUGAUGACUUCGAAUUGUAAAACAGAGAUCAUCAUUAUUCCAAAACAAUUUUUUUUUGGAAAUAUGUUACGUACAAUUUUAUCAUGCCUAAAAUAACGUAUCAACUCAUCACUUCUGACCUAUUAUGAUAGAGAGAUCAAAUUGAUUGAUGUGAUUCAGUUUUAAAGAUUAAUUUUUUACUUUCAUAUUCAGGAAUCAAAUUGUUUAAUACAUUUUCAAUUAUCAAAACACUGAUUCAUUAAUUGAUUUCCUUGUGAAAGUUGAUUUAUAUAAAAAACAGAUACACUGAGGUGAGAUAAGAGCCAUGCUAUGCGUACAUCUGCGAUCGACACCGUAUGCUAUUUACACUGUAUGUAUGAAAAUGAUUUAGUGGUGCACAAAUUUCAAAGUGUGAAAAAAAAUAUUAAAAAAAGGAUGAAUCUGUAUGUAUAGUAUUUUUACGGUGUAUGUGUAAGACUAAGUAUCAAAGUAACAUUUCUCGGUGAGAUAAUUAUAUGAUACUUUUUCUGGCUAUUAUUAUAAACAAUUUUUUUUAAGUUCAUUGAAUAAUGAAUGUAUUUGGUCUUUUAUGUAGGCCAGAUACAUUUAUUACUCAAUGAAUCUAAAAAGAUAAUAUUUACUUAUAAUUCAGGCCAGAGGGAGUAAUUUUAUAACCAGACAAAAUUGUGUUUAUGGUCUUUUAAAUUUGGUUCAGUUUUUAUAUGAAUGUUUUUUAUUUAAGUUAGUUUUAGGCCGUAGAAAAUUUAAGAUUGCUUAUCCCUUUCUCAAAUCGUGCUUCUUCAUAUAACUCUUGUUCACUGUGAUCGUCCAAUCCGAUCUAUCUUAGUCCUAGGUUGUCUUCUUUCAAAUGGAAGAUCAUGCUAAUCUUCAUCCUAAUCGAAUUUGAGGCCAACUUGUCCAAAUCCUAGGGCGUAUUAUGUUUAUGAAAAAAGGUUGAAGUUUUACUCAUGCCCAACAUAUCCAACAAGAAGAAGACACCAUUUUACGACCCGUCACUGGCUACAAAUAUGAAUAUCGGGGGAGAAAUUUGGGGAAGUAGAAACUACAAAAUACUAACGAUAAAUGAUGUAGCUUCUCUAAGUAGUUAGACGAUGAUAUUGUUGAUGAAAGAGAUUUGAAGAUUGUGAGGCAAAAGAAGAAAAAUAUAUAAUUGAAGACCGAGUUGGCUAAUAUAAAAAAAAUAGUUGAAGAUGUCAAUAAGGUUUAAGUUUGUCUGUAUAGGAUUAAGUUCAAUGUUAAUUGCAAUGUUUUUAUAUAUUGGCAAGACAUAUUAUGAUCCAAUGUAUUUAAAAUAGUUGAGUUACAAUUAGUAGUGUUAUUUGAUUAAGAUAUUCAUAAUGUUCAUGUUGUUUGGAAUUGAUGUUUGUAAUGUAAUCAUUUAUUGAAUUGAGUUUGCAAUCUUUUGUUGAAUUAUCUUUGUAAUACUUUGUUGAAAAUAUGUUAUUAUAAUCAUGAAUUGAAUUGAUGUUAAUGAAAUCAUAUGUUGAAUUAAUUUUUUUUUAAACUUUAAGUUUACACCAUAAUAUUGUGUAUAUCCUCACCCUUUUAGAAAUAUUAUUUUGAAGCAAAGUAUGUUUCAACUUCUCCCUUGCAGUCCCACGAUUUUGAUUGACAAAUGGCAAAAGAAGAUCCACGACAAGUGUCUACCCAAAUGCCUCUAAUGAUGUCAUAAGGGUAAACCACAACCCAAAAGAUGGACUCGCAACAUUAUCCUUAAACUAAGAAGAUCCAAUUCAACCUCCACUGGUGAUUGAAACCAUCCUAGUACCUCCACCAAAUGGUGAACUUUAAACUCCUCUAGGGGUGGCAGCAUUAGUAGAAGAAACCUUGGUGCCAACCCCAAUAAUUUUGGUGAAACUAUCAUCUUACUGAGAAUUGUGCUUAUGAUUGUCAAUAGAUAGCCAUCAACCUUGGAAUUGCAAUAUGAACAACUCUAGGGGAUUCAAUGUCGAUUCUAAUUCUUUCUUGCUACCAAGACUCCACAAUGAUUUGGUACCAUGAGAGAUUUCCUUAUCUUUUUGGUCAACAUCGUGAGAAACUAAGAAGACUUGAAUCUUCCUCAGAUAAUCGGGAAGUGGUUUUCCCCUGUGACUCAUUCAUAUAAUCUCCUAUUAAUUGGACUCCUCACCAUUCACCUAUGGUGAGUGAAUGGGUCACCUCAAACAGACUAAGUCCAAUUGAGUGGUCUAUCGCCAUAUUAUUUGGAGACUUCUUCCCAUCUCAGGCAAUCUCUUAGUUUAAUUCAGGCAGCCUAUCACCAUGUAACGGAAGCUUGCCCAGAGUUAAGGUAAUUGUAUUUUAUGGUAUACUCAUGGACCUUCCUUCCUAAGACUCAGUAGAAUUAUUCUAGUACACAAUCCCUCAAGCUCCCUGAAGCAGAGCUUUGGACGAGUCCCUCAAGUAGAUCUUGGGGCAACCCACUCAAUCAGAGCUAAAGAAAGCCCUUUAAGUGUCACUAGCAGUAACACAUGGAACAUUAAAAUGAAGCUAAUGAUUUCUUUAAAAGAAAAAAUGAUUAAAGAAGUUUAUGCAUGUUAGAGACCUGAGAAGUAUGUUAGCAUUCCUAGUUAGGGCAAUCAUUGCCUAUUUUUUGUAGCUUGUGAUGCAAUAAAAGGGACAUUUUUCAUCCCAUUUUCAAACAUGUUGCCAAAGUAUCCCUUCUUAAAUUAAGUUAUUUGUCUUCUUCAAACCUAGAGUUCUUCUUUAUGCUCGCUCACAUGUGUACUCAUUCUCCAUUUUCUUCACGCUUUUCCUUUCCAAGCAUGUGGAUUGUUAAAGACUUAGAAGAGAGUGGCAAAGUGAUAAAGUCAUUAAGUGGUAGAGAGUGGGAAACAUGUAUUUGUGUUGCAUGAAGAACGUUGUGCGAGCAGAUGGAUCAAUCAAUUAUAAGCUUUUAGAAAUUAGGGUGUUUGGGAUUUAUGCGAGCAUUAGUAAUUCUGAUAGUCAUAGUGAUUCUCUUUCUUCCUAUUCUUUCUUAGGGAAUCCCAAGCAAUCCAUGACGUACAAGAAUUCUAAAUACACGACCACGGGCUUCGAGACCCAUUUCACUUUUGAGGAAAUGGUGAGAUCUUUUAGGAGGCAUAUCAAUAUUUCUGGCACUAGCGAUGAGGGCGAAAUUAUUCUAUAAGCUUGUUUUGAAGAAGAGCAGGACAACCUGGCCCCCCUUGACUCAUCCAAUCCUUUUUUUUUCUAUUUGCAUUUCCUCGUCGUCCAAGAUUUAGGGGUUUUAGUUCCCUUUACACUGUUUAAAGUGUAGAUUUUGGCAUUGCAAAUGUUACACCCUUACAGAUCUCACUGAACUAAUGAGGCUUCAUUAGGGCCUUCAAUAUCAUAUGUGUAAUAUAACGUUCCAGAAUAUUAACCGAAAAGCCACUUGUGCAAGACAAUGAGGUUUAAAGCCAAAGGGUAAAAUGGUAAUUUUAUCCCCAAGGACUUAUUGAUAAAAUUCCAACAAUCAUUAUGUGAUACAUUAAGUUAACUGAAAGAAAUAGUAGAGUGAAGAGUAUGCUUAGAAUUUCAAAGUCCAUUAAGUUUGAGCACUAAGGGCGUAAUUGAAAUUUCCUCAUAAGGGGAAGGUAUUAUGGUAAUUGGUUUAACAAAGCAUUUAUCAGUAGCUUGGGAGGAAUUCAUAUUUCUCAUCCAUUUUCCAAAAUGAGGAGUACAAUGGAAAAGAUGAAAGUAGAGGAAAGAUAUCUCUCUAUCCAUCUUCACCUCUUAAUCUAAAAAAACAAGUGUUGGAGGAGGACAAAAGGGGUUCUCGUUCAAUCACACACCAUCUCAAGAGUGGUAAGCAUCUUACCCUUCAUAUCCAUCCUCUUAAAAGAAUUUGGAUCCCUCUAAUCACCUUACCCUACUUCUCUUGCAAAAGGAGGAUUCUGGAGAGCAUCUUGAAGAGCCAUUGAUGGAAAGGUUUGAACCAUGAAAGAUGAAGGUCAAGGAAAAACUAAAUGGUAGCAUACAAGUAGAAUUGAAGAAAUCCAUCAUCACAAUCACCCCUCUUCAAAUUUUGUUUUAAGGAGGAUUCUUCCCCUUUAGGUUAUGAAUUAAUCUAUAACCCUAGUUAGAAAUGAUGAUAUUCUCCUAAAUUUCUUGAUGAUAAAUAUGUUGUUGCUGAAUAGUAAUAUAUGUCUGACUUUGAUUACACGAGUGAAUGUGAUAACAUGCCUCUCUUUGACGAUUUCCUACUAUGAUGAUUUAGUUCUAUAAAAAAUGAUUAAAUGAUGAUGAAUGGUUUAAUUUCUAUGUUUCUUUGUUGAAAAUAUGAAACAUGACUUGUUCUUGAUGUCUCUAUGUUGGGAAGCAAGGUAUACUUGAAUGUGUUGUGCUUAGUAUGAGUUUCGGCUUUGAAAAAUAUUGUUUUGCUGAGAAUUGUAGGUUUUUUUAGCCUAUUGGGUCGAUGAAGGCCGUAAGCCAGAUGGUGGAUAGUUCGUCAUGCCCCCAGGCCUCCCUGGAGGCCAUCGCCCUCCAUGACAACCAUCUUGUCCUUCUCUCUUCCUUGAGCCAAGGAUUGUAAGAAAAAUGGAAAACUUGAGUUAGGCAACUCAGUUUGAGACGUGGUUUGAUGUAUUGAAAAGAUAACACACAAAGCUUCAAUGUAGUAAGGAUUGUAAGACCAAAUGUGUAUUUACCCCAAAUUAAGGAAAGCAUAAUGACUAAUGUGCAUGUAUAACGUAUAGAAAACCUAAAUAUUUCAAGGGACCUAAGACUUGUAUCUGUUCUACGUUAAGGAAUCAAAUAAUCAAGAGAUCUGAGACUUUCUCAUAUUCCAUGAUACAUAGAGAAGUUUAAGUUCAUGGGAUCUAAGCCCUGACUUCAGAAAGCAUUAAGAAGUUGGAGUUCAGGGGACCUAAGUCUGACUUCAAAAAAGAUAAAGCACCAAUGUUCAGGGAACCUGUGCCCAAUUAUUAGUAUGUGGUGAAAAACUAUCCUUCAAAGGACCUAAGUCAUGCCUUCAGUAAGCAUUAAGACUCUGACGUUUAAUGGAACUAAGCCCUAUCAUUAGUGCUUGUAUGACUAACCCGAAUGGACAAGGGACCCAAGCCUUUCUUCGUUCUAUGGCACAUCAUUUAAUAGUUAAGGGACCUAAGCCUCGUUCUAUUCAUUUAAAUGUCAUAAGUAUGUUUACUAAAAGUUCACAUAGAUCUUGAUGGCUGUGUAUGACACUAAGCAUGACCUUAGACGCGUAUGGCCAAGAAUCAGACGUGACACACACCCCGUAUUAGUAGGAUAAUAUAUGCGUAAUUCUAUAUUUGGUGUGUAAAGCUCUAGUAAGACACUAUCUGCACAGUAAACACUAAGCUCAACCCAAGGAGCAUUGGGGGCGAUAGCAACCGAGUUAGACACAAGUUGAGACAUAUGUGGUAGCUAAGUCCUUACUACGAGGAUAUGCAUAUUAGUAACCGCGUAAAGUACGUCUCAGAGUAACGUAUAUUUAAAAUGAAGGACAAGGUAGAAGUUGCAUAAGAUAAAUAAUCAGUAGACUUAUGGUCUUAGUAAGGACUUCUUAGCCGCCUGAGAGUAUUCUUAGGGUUGUCGCGGUGCCUUGAGAUGAUUGUUGGUAUUAGUUCAUACGAGAUUGGUGUAAGAUACCCUGGUGAAUAUUGCAAAAAAAAACCUCGAUUGAAUAGAUGUGUAAUGAGAGACUCGAUGAUUUAUAUCACAAAGCUCUUUGAGAGUAGUAUCUCACUCCACGUUGUUGACUAUAUUUUUCAAGUAAGCAUGUAUUUGGAUCGACUUUGAAGCAAGAGGUUUUGAUGCAGAAGGCCCAUAGAAGCAUCUUUCCGAUGUGAUGAAGUCCUUGUUUGAUAUUGGUGUAGUAGUCAUUGGUUAUCAGUUGUAUGGUUGUAGGGAGGGAUAAUGCUCCUUGCUUACCUCUGUCUUGAACUGAAGAUCUAGUGGCUACCACUGAAGCCACUUUGUCUUGGACUAAAGACCCAAUGGCUAUCACUGGAUAUGACUUUGAUUAUCUCAACAUCACUGAGACGAAAGUGGCCAAUUUCUUAGAUGAGCUCCGUAUCAUGAGCUCUAGGAAAAUUGUAAAGUUAAAUCAGGGGGGAUGAUAGUAAGAUCAAUGAAUACCUACGUAAGUUUGUAAUUGUAGUUAUUCCCAAUUUAGGAUUUUUUACCCGCCUCAUAACUUAUCAACUUUUUUCUUCUUUUUUUUUGUAAAAAUGAUGUUGUUCAUCCUUGUCGAAGAAGUUGGGUCGUAACGAGCAUUAGAUUGACAGUCUUAAAAUUCUCAUGGGCGAACUCUUCACCAAAGGAAGCGAAAAAGGCGUCGAAGGGAGCACCAUUAUUCAGACUCUCCCUCUUAAAACCUUGAGGCCAUAUGGGGAUGACAAGAGUUCCUCCUCGGCUCCCAAUUAUAAGGAUAAUGUCACUAUAAACCUUGGAGAUGAUGAAGAGGGUGAGCAACACGCUGGUUCUCCAAUUCGGGUUGACCCGCCUAAGAAUUUUUAGUCUUUGUCGUGGAACAUGUGUUUGACGCGAGGAAGUAUGCCACCGCUCCACCCUCCAAACUACCAGUCAUAUGGGAAUUUAGAAACUAUCCAACAUGGUGGAGAACUACAUGUUGAGGGGUUUGAUGAUGGAGCAAGUGCUCCUCAAGGCUCUUUCCCAAAUAGAUAGAUCUGUGGGCGACUUAUAGGUUAAUCUUACUUUAGAGAAGGAAGCGUUGAAUUGGGAGCAGAAGUUUGUAAUUUUUUAUUACUAUGAAGCGAGAUAGGUUGAAGUGGUUUGUGGAGAAGCUCAAGAAGUCCUUAAGAAGUCAGUGGAAGAGGCCAAAAAACUUGCCUUAUCAGUGAACAAGUUGAAGGAGUUUCUUGAAGUCAUCCUCCUUUUUAGGAGGAAACUAAAAUACGAUUUGUCAGCAUGCAAGGAUGAGCUGGUGAAUACUUCUGACCAAUACUUUAAACGAGGCAAGAAACAUGUAGUCUUUCCCUACCCUGACUAGAUUUGAGUCAAAUAAACUUAUUCAAAAUUUUUAUAGAUGACAAGCUCGUAGAUGAAGAGGAAGACGUGUCUCCCAAAACAUCACAUCCUUUCUCCGAGAGGCGCAUUCUUGUUGAACUCGAAGCUAUCCAUGCUCAGGCAGAUGAAAUUCCUGCUAAAGAAAUCGUUCGUCAAAAAGCCAUGCCAGAAGAAAGGUGACCUCAAGAAGGCAGCCACAACUUUUUUAUUUUAUUUUAAUUUUAUAGUAAUGCACUUAGUGACUUACGUAAUAAUACCCUAACAGCUUUUUGUAGGGGUGGACAGAAAUUCGCCGACCGUUGCUAUCCGACCGGCCCAUUCAAUCCGAAGCAUUUCGGUCGGAUCAAAGUCGAUUUUUCGGGUCAAACGGGUGAAGCAUCCAGUUUAGAGUGGAUAAUGACGUUUCGGUUCGGUUGAUGAAAUUGAGUCCAGAAAAAACCGAACCCGGCCGGAUUAAUAGUGUUUAUUUUCAUUAUUUUAUUUGAUAUUUUACUGGGUUGGACUGGGUUGUUUCUGAAGCCCAAAAGAUGUUCCAUUUUAUUAUAUAAAUCUAACACCCAAGGAAAAGAAUCAGAACACCCUAGCCGCUGCUUCCUCUUUGUUUCCUCUUAGCUUCCUCUUUGUUUCCAAAGAGUGGCUUAAGAUCUAACUCAACCAUUUGAUAUUCUAACUCAAUCAAUCACGAAGUUCUUUCUAUUUGAAUCUCAAUAUAGUUAUCAUUUAAUAUUUUUUUCAUUUUUGUCCCUUGAGUAUCUAGUUUGAGUUAGAGUUUCAUAUUCUGCUAUUUAGGUUUCUUUUUUCUUAAAAUAUGAGUCGAGUUUAAUUGUUAUUUAGGCUUUAUUUUUAUUGUAAAAAGGGUUGAGU